CAUCGUGGCUAAAAACCUUUUAUUUUUUGAGAACCCAACCAAAAAUGACUCGCACGUAAGAAAGGAGAACUGAAAUACCUGUAGUUUCUGAAAUCAAUGGAAAAGAGCUCCGUAUUUGUUAGGUUGGCCCCCCUGCUGGUGUCAAUUGUCCGAUUGUCGACUGAUUUUCGCAAGUGAAGUGCGGCCUAGGAUUUACGGUUUCAGGAUUUCUUCAGCGCCAAAAUUUUACGAAGAUACAUCCACGGACAGUUUUUAGAACUCUACAUUAAUUUGUGAAAGACUAUCGUUUCAAAAUCAUCCGGAAGACACCUAAGCUCUGAAAUGUCCUGCUUUGAUACUUGAAAUUCCAUCCGUUCCAGUUACCUGUCAUGGAGAGAGUGUUUUGAGAUCAUCGGCAGGCUUGAAGUCGAAGGUGAAAAUUUGGCCCACUUCGACAAUGGCCGGUCACCCAGUGCCAGAUUUAAUGCAAGGUGAAGGAGAGGAGGAGCUGAAAAACGCUAUUUUAAGCGCAAAACCUCCAACCGCCAUCCGAGUUAGCAGAGCUCAUGCUGAUUCAAACAAUGCCCAAGAGAAUGGUGAUCGUCAGUUGUCUUAUGUGAAUUUGGCUCGUUGUUUGACGGGUUACACGGAUUUGACCAGAUAUAACAGCCGCCUGAGAGAAGGUCUUAGAUCACGUGAAGCAAGCCCAGCUCGUUUUAUUCUUGAUACCUCGACUCACAGUACCAAAGAUAUGUCUUGUUUGCCACCUUCAAUGAAUCCCAUGAAACCCACCACGGAAAGGACAGAAACAUGUGCCUCGUCUACGGAAACAGUCACAAGUUCAUUCAUCGAACAGCGAAUUGCACGAUUGUACGGUUCCUCAGCUGUUCAACGGAAAGUCCCCAGUCCACAGCCAAAGAACUCUGAGGAGGUAGCAGCUUCAACUGAAAACAGUAAUGAUAAUUUGCCUGUCAUGAAAUUACUUAGACCUGAAUUUUUGGCACAGUUUCAAUUUAGAUCUUCCAAAAGUCCUAUGACUAAGUGCAGCUCGCGGACAUCAAGAGCAAGGUUGGAAGAAAAUGGCCAACAGUCACAUAUACCAAAUGGCAAUAGUUUAGAUAGUAGUAUAGUUAGUGUAGCUGUUUCAAAUGGAGAUUCUAAUAAAAAUAUUGAACCUACCAAAAUUACCAAUGGUGACAGCGUUGAUGGAACGGCUGUGAAAACGAAGAAUAUACCUGUGAAACUAUUUUCUAAUUUAGCUGAGGAAAAAAAUGGCCACUAUUACUUAAAGAUCUUACAUCAAGAAAUGAAUCAUCUUCUGAAAUUGAGUGAUGAAUACCAACCAGAACUAGCUCAUGUAACUGAUGAUGUUGCUGAUGUAAUCAGGUCUGCAGUAGGAAAAGCUCAACUGUUAUGUAACCAAAAAUUGAAGCAGUUCGAAAGCCUCUGCUACAAAAAUAUUAACCAAAAACCAGAUGAGCCGUAUCCUGCAACGUGUGAAGACCUAGGUGGGUUCUGGGAUUUAGUAGCUAUUCAAAUUGAAUCUAUUAAAGGAAUGUUCAGUGAAUUGGAAAAAAUUAAGCUUGCUGGAUGGACAAUUCAGGAUGAGAAAGUUCCUAAAAUUUUGAAUGGAGUGUCAUCGAAGAAGACUGAAAUGAAUAACAAUGCUAGAGUAAGUAGACCUAAAACGAGUGCUGCCAAUAAACCUACUGAGAAAGUGAAGAAACAGCGAGAAGACCUACGGAAAAAAAUUGCUGAAGAACGUAAGAAAAUGGCUCUUCAAAAAGAAACUUCUGAUUCUGACAUUUUAUUAUUAUAACCACGAUAUUUUCUCUCCUCUGUUGAAAUUUGCAUUAACUUUGUACAAUUUUUUGUUUUGUUAGAAAUUAUCUCUAUUUUUGUCGUUUAUCAGGUUCAACAGCUAACUCUUUUGUUCCUGCCGAGUAUUUUCUUGACGAGUUAGAUUCUUUACCACUUUUCUGUUUUAAUAUUCUGCUGUUUCUUGAUGAAUUUUCCUUUGUGUGGAAAUCGAGAACUACUCUUAGUCGACAAGUUCACUGGGCAUAAAUAUUCUUGUAAUGAAAUGCGUCUAUCAAAGAGACAUUUAUUUAUUUAUUUAUUUAUUUUUUUUAAAAAGUUAAUGGCUCAUUUUUAUUUGUCUCAAUUUUCCUGAAUAUUUUAUUCUGUAUUUUCUCAUCUGUAUUUGCUAAGGUUUUUUUUAUCAUUGGAAAAUUUUCACUUUCGUUCAUAUUUUACGUUUCAUUGAUUAUGGUUUCUAUUUAUCUAUUUAAUUAUUUAUUCUUUCAUUAUUUUUUUUUGGUCGAUCUUCUCUCACUACCAUAACUAUUUUAUAUCUUGACUCUGUAAGGUGGAAAUUUGUCUUUUUAUGAUCAUUUGAAUUCCAAAUUUUGUUGCUCCUGGUGAUUUCCUCUCAUUGUUUAAUUGAUUAAUUUAUUUAUCUAAUAUUUUUUCUCUUCAGCUGCAUGAUUUUUAUAUUAUUUAUUAACAAGGAAUGCUCAAGUAUUUUCAUAGUAAUAAUAAAUUAAUGCCUUUUAUGAAACUAUUUCUGUGUCAGUAAUUUCAUUGUAGUAAUUAUUUUUUAUUUUUUGACUUGAAUCCUGGCUGUAGUAAUUAUUUUUUAUUUUUUGACAUGAAUCCUGGCUAGCCUCUAAAGUUAUCAUGUAUGCACUCAGCUUGGCGCGCUUUUUUUGUAUUGCGUUCUUCUUCAUCCCACAGUUGUUGAACAGUUCUAUCUUUGAGAAGGCAGAAUCAUCGUUUCUAACCACGCCUUUGAAAAUUCUCAUCACAAAUGAAUUCUAUAUUUUAUUCAGAAUUACAUUUAUUGUCCUCAUAUUGAUUUUGUGUGUACUUAGCUUGAGAUGCCUGUCUUUUUCAAUUUUUUACUUAUUUAUUUAUUUAUUCUCGUAUGGAUUCAAAUUUUUUUUUCUAAUUUAAAUAUUUUUAGUUAUUGUCUUGCUCUUUGCUCUAUUAAUAUUAUUUAUUAUAAUUUAACGCUUAUGUAACAUGUUUGGAAAUUUUUAAUCAAUCACAAUUUUUGAAGAGUGUUGUACCUGGUGAAUUCAUUAAAUAUUCUAUGCAAAAUGUAAAUGGUGAACUUUGCCGUUCAGUACUUUCUUUACCUUGAUAAUUAGAAACUUAACAAGGCAGUUUUGUGAGUGUCAUUGGAUCACCACGUAACUGCAGUUGUGCGAAUAACGCUUUUCUGGCCUUGUAGAGGGAGAGGGUGGGGGAGGAGUUGCUGCGGCGCCACUGAUUAUUGCAGCGAUGAAGAAUGGUCCAAUGAGGUAUAAUUUUUCAUCGGAGUGUACAGUUAAAAAAUGACAGCGAAAUUAAAUCCAACCGUCUUAUUAUUUCCAGGCAUUAAUUGUUGACCUUUUGCAGUAUUAAUUGUCAACCUCUUUAAGUUCUCUGACCUUCAAUGCCUCUAACCUCCGAAUUCCCAAAGGUUCUGCAGUUGAACAUCUUCCCUCAUUUAAGGGAGAUGAUGGCCUCAGCCCUAAUUGUCCCUGCUACUGAAUUAAGUAUUAAUUUUUACAGACUAGUCACUCCUUAAUAUUAUUAAUUGUCUAUGUAAUAAUUAAUUGUAAUGAGGAUCAAGGUGCAAUUUCUUCAACAAAUUUUCUGGCAUCCACUUCACUUCAAUAAAUUUCUGUUUCACUGUGUGUUACGCAUUGAUAAAAUCAAACCUAAGAAUUUUUUCUCCAAAAUGUUUUGGCUAAAUCAUUUUCUAACUCAUGAUCAGAAGGUCUCAUGUCCUCAUAUACUUAUACUUAAUCGUUGCUUUUCAUGUGAUGUGUGUAGCUGACUCUACUGAAAAAUAUCUCGGAGUUUUCUAAUUGCUUCUCUUUUUUUGUGUCAGAAAAAGCUGAAGAGUGACUAGCCAGUUCUCAAUUACACCAACACUCAAAAAGUCUUGUCCCAAGUUGUUAGCAUUUGUCAAAGUGAACGAUAAAGUUCGAAUUGCGAGAGCGAAAGGAUACUUUUUGUCCUUUUGACUUAAACUGCUGCUGUAAAAUAGAAGUAUUAAUUGGAACCAAACAUUUUGUCAAUCCUUACAAUAAAAGUCCUGUGUUCUGCUGUUCAUUUGAGUAAAAUUUGUCUGGUCAGCCAUGUACCAUUCAAAGGUCAUUUCAAAACUGAAAACUAACUGUAGCCAUGAAAAGUACUUUUUUUCCUAGCAUUGUUUCCUUUUUCCUCACUUUUGCAUCUAUUAAUUUAUUAUGAUUUCCCUAUUUGUACUAAACUCUUAGACUAGUUUGUUUUGAACUGUGUAUCUUAAUUUAUUUAUAAUGGCAGCAAUUCAACUUGAAUUUUGAUCUGUGUUCUCUCCUGUUGAAGUAUUAAGACAAUUACAAUUAUCGGUUUUAGCAUGUCACAUCUACUUACCAAUGAGUAUACAAUUUGCUAAUUUUAAAGCUAGUGUAAAAUCCUAAUGAUAUUUUCAUAAUUUUUCCGCAACUUAUUACUUUUGCUGAUGGAAUUCAGGAGAAUUUAUCAACAAAAGGAGAAAUACAGUGAAUAUGUUCUCCAGGAUCUUAUUACAUAUGUCAUGAUAUUUCAUAUUUACUAUAUGCCGAUUGUGAAAAACUAUGUCUACUUAUCUGGGUACCACCAGUUGUUUUGUAAGUCAUUUCAGCAUCGUUGACAGUAAAAAACUUGCUCACACAUUGUGUUGUAGCUGAAUUUCGAAAAGGUCGUUUUUUUCUAUUACUUCCUCCAUACUUUUUUUUCACUCGGCCGUAGUAAAUAAAUGAUUAUUGUACCUAUAAGUUUUCUAGAAGAAAUUUCUGUUGCUUAAUCAGUGUAACCAAAAGUUUCAAAGAUGUCUUUUAACCGUCUGCAUCCUGUAACUUGAACUAGCAGGUUUUUCCCUGUUUUUUCUAUGCUCUCUAUUACAAUCACUCUAUUGUUAUUAUGUUUUUGAAAAGGAAAAUUUUAAAAAUUGUUAUGACUUGCGGUAGUUUUGUUAUUUUAAAAUCUAAGUGCUUAUACUUGUAUUUUUUUUCCUCAUAAUAAUUUAUACUUACUCUGUUGCCAUUUGUCCUUUCUGAUCGAGAUCAUUUUUAUGAUCGGCUUCAAAUAAUAGGGAUUUUUAUAUGGUGCAUUUUUGUUUUAUGUAUCAGCUCUUGGCUUCUUAUUUUUAGUUUCGAGCUAGCAUUCACAUAUCUGCUUCUGAUUUCCUUUCAUCUUUCUAUUGGUUGUAAAAACGCAUCGCAGUUUUACUUUUUUAGCCCUGAUCUAUAAUUUUAAUAAUUUUACAAGAGGACCCUUUAUUUUUUGACACUAUAAGAAUAAAUUUAGAAGUUACCCACUUUACAAAUGAAGCUUAUGACCAUUUAUCUCCUCAUGCUGAAACCCUCUAAAUUUAUCUCACAGGUGUGGACAGGAAAGUGGAAAAAACGUUAAAAAUUCUGGUGGGCGGGUCGAUACUUGAGGUAUUAUUGGUCCAGUUUGUCUCUUAAUUACGGACAAAAAAACAAUUACAAGGGGCUGAUAAUCCCGCCUACUUUUUCAGUUUCUGUCUGCCCUUGUUAUUUAAUAUUUAAUGCUCAUUAUUUACUGCCACUUUUAUACAAGCACAAGUAAAACCUAAUGUCGGUCGAAUUUCUUCACAUUCCAUUUGUAUAUCCCAUCAGCACUCAUUAUAUACAACUUCUCUUAGGUUUGCUGGCAAACUUUAUGUAGCUAUUCAGAAUAAAUUCGUAAAACACAGUCCAACAAAAAAAAUCAUAUUCUUAAGGUAUAGGGCUCCAAUAUUCUCACUAUCCAGUUGUAUUAAGGUACUUUUUAACAUCGAUAAAAUCGGCUAAAAGAGAAACUGAAAUGAAGCUCUGAAUUGUGUGUUUUCUUCACAUUUUGUAUGCAAGUUAUGAACACCAAAAAAAAAUUGUAGUUCAUCUCCUGAGUAUAUCUUUAUCUCAGUUUACAUUCUAAAUUCCACCAAUGAGCAAAUUAUUUUGUUUUCCUUUGAACAGUUUUGACAUACCAUCUUCUUUCAGACACCCUGCAUCUUCUAAGCACAUCAGCAUUUUGCUCAGGACUUAAUUCAUGGAGUUUUUUUGGUGCAUUGCUCCCAAAGUGAACUUUUGAAACGUGAUAAUGCUAGGGCUCCAAUUCAUUCCUUUUUUACUGGUCUACGAGUAAUAAUUUCUUUCUUGAGAAAUAGUAUUUGUCCCAUGUAAAUCGGAAAAAAAAAAAAAAAAAAAAAACCCUCAUCUAAAUAAAUUACAGAAAACUGGUAACUCCAGUAAAAUCAGAAAUUGGAAUGUUCCACUUUCUCUGCUGCAAGUCUUUUAUUUCAAUGAUCAAUCAAGAAGCCCUGUAUUUUAUACCUGAAAGAUGGAAGUGAAUAGUUUCCGAACAGUUGAGUUUUGACGUUUGCAUGCCUUCAAAAAUAAUAGAAAUGUAAAAUUUCCUGAAUAGCGCUUAUUCUGUAAAGAUUAAUUUAUUCUGAAUCAUACAAAAAUUGGUCUCUCAAUUUCAUUGAAAGCAUUUAUUUUUGUUAAUGACGUUAAUUUUGUAUUUUAGUGUAAUUGAAAUUUUUUAUUUUUUCCAUUGAAACCAAAAUUUAUUCUGUUGAUUUGUGUAUCAUACAAUUAAUUUAUUUGUUACUCUAUCAUGUCUUCAAUAAGUGUGCUACACAAUGAUUACUAUUACUUUAGUUGUAGGUUUUGAAGUACCUUACAGAAAAGAAAGGAACAAUAAAAUAACCAAAUUAAUACGUA